AUGGGUUCGAUCAUCAACUUGCAACCUAUCACCACGUCCUCUGAGCAGGAUGUCACCAAGAUUUUCAACUCUUACAUCGCGGCUAGUGCCAUUGGUGCCGCUUGGGAGGUGGGGCUUCUAGACGAGAUUCGCAAGGGGAAACCUGUGAACGUCGACAAGUUCGCAGCCCAGUACAACCUAGACGUCCAGUCGACCCAUGGCCUCGUCCUCGCUCUGUCGGCAGCUGAAAUCCUCAAGCGUGAGGGAAUUUUCAUCAGCCCGGGACGACUUCUUGAGGAUGCAUACCGUACCAAGAGUCUUUUUCACUGGCUUGCCCUGGGUUCCGGUAGUGUCUUCUCACACAUGCAGUACAUCUUGCGCAACGAGAAUCGCUCGGGGAGAUACUACUCCCGGGACUCCGCCGCUAUUGCGUACGCAUGCCGUGAUGCAAAUGCGCAAUUCAUUGACUCUGUCUUCCUUGAUGCUCUCAAGAAGGUUGAUCAUGAUUUCAAAUCUGCUGUGGACCUGGGCAGCGGGAGCGGUGAAAGGCUGAUGCAAGUCCUGGACUGCUACCCCGGGAGCACUGCCAUCGGCAUUGACAUUGCUGGCCCAGCGAUUGAGGUGGCCAAAGUGGGCGCUGUCAAGCGCGGCUAUGGGGAUCGCAUCACCUUCCUCGAGGGCGAAGCUCGUCGGGUCGAAUACCGCGACGAGUUUUCCGAAGUCGACUUGUUGACCUCCUUUUUGAUGGGUCACGACUUUUGGCCUAGGGAGAACUGCGUGAGCUCCUUGCAAAGACUCUGCCGGUCUUUUCCCAACGUCAAGCGUUUCUUUCUGUGCAACACUGUGCGCAUCUCGAUCGGGGACCCCGAGUCCCGACAUGCUGUGGCCGAUGAUGCUCUGCCGAUUUUCACGUUGGGAUUUGAGUUUGGGCACGCGCUCAUGGGAGUGAAACUGCCCACAGUGGAGGAUUGGGAAGGAGUAUUCCAAGACGGUGGUUGGCGAUGCAUCAAGCAGCAUCACAUGUGCCCUCCUUCGCUUACCGUCUUGUUCGAGCUGGUGCCUUUGGAAGCAAAGGCGUGA